GAGGAGAGUCAGUUCGACACUUCAGCUAUAAGAGUCCUCCGUGGCAAUAAUCAUAAUCUUUCCCCUAAAUAAAUUUUAAAAAACAACGUACUAGACUUUCACAUAAGUAAUUAUCGUUCGUGGAAUUAAAUUAUCAAAUGCAGUGAUAAAAUGGCGAGCUAGUGUGUUGACGUUCAUUUUAUGAUUGUUUUUAGAGUGAGUGUAGGAAGAUUUUAUAAUUUAAUUAAUAUUGAACAAGAUUUAAUCUGUACAUUAAGUAGUUUUUUGUUCAUGUGCCAUGAAUUCACUUGAUUCAAUGAUUGAAUCAACCCAAAAUGUUUCUACAUUCAUUGAUGAAGAGCACAAUUGUACUGCUAUUGAUAAAACUACCGGGCAACCUUGUGGUGAACCAGAAAGUCUAAAAAUUAUCGAUGAGUUUCAAAAAUUGUACGAAAACCGUAUUCAGAAUGUUGACCAAGAAAUCGACAAUGAAUUUGAUAGAGUUUUUAUGAAAUUGGAAAUCUCAAGAGAAUGGAUCAAGGACUUAAGAGAGCAAAAUGUUAUGUUGGUGCAGGUUGUGGAAGAUUUGGAACAAACUACUUGUAAUAGAAUGAAGUUACUAGAACAAAAAUUGAAACAAUCAUCUAUGAUUGUAUCUGAAAAUUUAACAAAACCAGGUCAUACAGAAAAGGCCAUAAAUUUACUUUCAAAUCGUGUUAGUAAUUUACAAAAAGAUGAAGAAUAUAUGCGACAAAGGAUAGAGUUUCUUCAAAGUGAUAUUAGAGGAUUAUUAGAAUUAAUAAGACGUGCAUCACAAGAAAACCAUUGGAAUUUAGAUGGGAUAAAGUUCAUAGAAAUACAACCUAAUGAUAUACCUGCUCCUAUCGACUAUUCUUGUGGCAAGGAAGAAACAAACCAGAAAAGGAUACAGUCUUUAAAAUUGCAAAUUGAACAAUUUCAAGAAAAUGAAAGAAAAAUGAUUACGUAUCAGAGAGAGUUGGAAGAUAAGUUGGCUGAUCUCACAGCAAAAUUAGAAAUCAAGGAAGAUACUAUAAAAAAAUAUUUGAUUCAAAAUCAAAAUGUUACUGAGAAUCUGAAAACACUUACGCAAUUUGGAAAUCAAACUACAUGUAAUUCAUUCUCAAUGAAUGAUAAACAAACUUCUGAUGAGGCACAUACUACACAAAAUGCUUACAUUGAUACAGUUGCUUGUCAAGAGAAUCAUGUAAUAUCAUAUUUAACUAAAGUAAAAUCGUUAAUGGAACAAGACAAUGAUAAUAUCUUUAAAUUAAAAGUAGAAUUGGAAAAAACUAUCGGAAAAUUGUAUUGUGGAAACAACGAAGAUAUAAAUAUACAAUAUGAACUAAGUCAAAAUAUUGACUAUAUAAAUAAAAUAUCUCCAAAAAAGAAGGAAUUGGUUGCUAUUAUUAAUUCUAUUAUAUUAAGAUUGGAGAACAAUAAUUCCCUUUAUGUAGAUAAUGAAAAUUUACCUAUGUGUGUAGACUUUAAUCAACAAUUUAAGUUAAUGGACAUAAUCAGAGCAUGUGCUAUUGAAGCACAAGUUACGACAGAAGAUAUUAAAGAUGGAAUGGCGUUAAUUGCUUGUACUUUCAAGUCUAGACAUGAAAAAUACAUUGAUUUAAACGAAGAAGUUGUUAAUGUACAAAAACAGUUAAUAAGAAACCGAGAGAAAAUAACAGAAGCACUAAGUAGAUUACAAUUACAAGAAGAAGAAAGAAUAAAACACAGUGAAAGAAUUACUUCAGGAAACCUUAAAUUAAAAGAUAUUAAAAAUGAAAUAAAUCUUGCUCAGGGUAGAUUAUCAAUGCAUCUUACAGAAAUGCAAAGUAAUAUGCAGGAGAGUAUUUUGCCUAGUUAUUCAGAAAUGUCUUUAUGUAAUGACUUGGUAUGUUCAGUUAUAGAAGAAGUGGAACAAACAUCAAAGAGUCUACAAGUAUUUCAUACUCAAGAAUGCUGCACCACUUCAGAUAUGGAAGAAAUAGUAACUCAACUUUGUGCAAUAGAAUCAUGCAUAAUGAAAUUACAACAAAAAAUAAAUGAAGCACUUUCAGGACACGAAACAGUGGAAACAACCCUCUGCCAAAAGGAAGACAAGUUAAAAAAACUAGAAGAAGAAUUAGAUGUAGUUCAUUCAAAAAUACAACAUGUAUCAAAAAUAUUUUUUAACUCAAAGGAUCAGACAUGUGACAAUAAUGGUACGGAAUCUCAACUUUACACUCAGACUUGGAAUGAAAUAUUGCAAACCAAACAAGAUUUACAUAAAUUAAGGAAAGAACACGAUGACUUAAAACUCAAAAUGUCACAAGAAACAUUUCAAACACAAUGCAAAGAUAAAUGUUUAUGGAAGUGUAAAGUGACUGAUUUACAAAAACAGGUUAAGAUAUUGCAACACGAGGUACAGUGUAAACAAGAAGCAAAUGAGUUUUUAAGAAGCAAUAUUAAAUCUAUGGAGGAGGAACUUCGUUCCAUGCAAACAAGAGCAGAAAAUUAUAGACGAUCUCAUUCCAUGGAUAGCAUAGAAUUAAAAAAAAAGAUCAUACAAUUGGAAAAUGCACUUAAAUCACAUGAAGAAAGGGAGUGUAUACUUCAGCAACAAUUGAAUGAAAGUGAAGUAGAACUUAAUAAAUCUAAAGAACUUCUAAAUUCUUUUCCUAAUGAAGUUGGUAUUGAAGAAAUACUAUUGCGAUAUGAAUGUCACCAGCUUAGACAUGAUACAAUGUCAGUAUCUCAAUUAUUCAAAACUCUGGAGAACACCAUGAGAUCUACAAAAUGUGAUAUACAGGACUUUAAGACAGAAUUUAAAAAAUUAAUUUACGAAGAUCAAUUUGACUUUUGUUCAUCUGCAAGAUCACUUAUGAAUUUAGUAGACAAAUUACAAAAAUGUGAAGACGAAAUAGAUAAUUGUUCUGAAGAAAUAGAAAAACUUAAAAAUGCUCUGUAUUCCAAAAAUAAACUUAUAGAAGAUAGAGAUAAAAUGAUUAGAAUUCAAAAGGAAGCUAUUAAAAUGACACAGUCUGAAAUAAAGGAGCUUCACCAGAAACUACAAGAAAAGAUCGAUAAUCAGGAUCAAAUACUUUCCAAAUUCGAAAAAGAGAAGAAACAAUUGUUAAGACAGAAUGAACUUCAAAAUCAGACUAUAGGACACUUGCAAAAUGCUGUAGUAGAAGCCAAAAGAUGUAUAGAUCAAAUGGGACAUAGAACUAUGAGUGACCUUCAAGAAAAAUGUGAAACUAUUCGUUUAUUAACAAUAUGUGUAGAAGAAACUCAAAGUCAAUAUAAUGAAUGUUUCUUAGAGGUAUGUAAAAUGUCUUUUCAACAUCUAAUUAAUUUUGCUAUUACAAAUACUAAUAAAAAUCUUUAUGCUUAUAUCAAGGCUGUGAAACAGGAAAAAUUAUUGGAACUGCGAAGAGAUGCGAUCAAUCAACUCCAACAAAAAAUUUGUUACAUGGAAUAUGAUAAUUAUUUAACUAUUACUUCUAUCCAUAUUACGCAUUACUCUAUGUUAAAAUCAAUACAGGAACAAUUGGAAGCCAGCAUGAAUGAUAUUCAAGCUUUAAAACACAAGAUAGACACUUUGGUGCAGUCAAAGUGUUAUUCAGAAAAUAAAUACCUACACAUGAGAAAGUUGUGGCGGAAGGCAGAAGAAAAAUUACAGGAAACGAGGAAAUCAGCUUUAAAAUGUAAACAAGAAACAAAAAUGAAUGAAGACAAAGAAUGUCAGAGUAAAAUAGAAGUUAUGGAUAGAGGUUGCACCACACAGGAUAUAUUUGACUUUAAUGAUAAAAUAUGUAAUAACGCAGUACAGCUUAAAAACUAUUUAUACGAACACCAGUUACAGUCAGAAAUAGACACAUUAACUAGAGAAAAUGAAGAUAUGAAGAAACAAUUAGAAAAAUGUAAAUUGGAUUUUGAUAUAAUUGACAAAGAAUUGAAAAUAGAAAGAGAAAACGAAACUUACGCUCAGCAAAUAUCAUUUGAAUUACAAAAGAUGAGAGACACAGAAUGUUGUCUACGUUAUGAGAAUGAGCAACUGAAAUCUGAUUUGGAAAAGAGAACAAAAGAAAUAGAAAGUUUAAUGGAAGAGCUAAGGUUCAUUAAAGAAAAUGAUAUAAAGUUUGAAAAACUCCUUAAAAAGUUAGAAGAUAAACAAAUACAGAUUAACAAUUUUUACAAACAAAUUAAAAAUAACGAAAGCAUUAUAAAGGGACAAACUGAAACAAUCGAGGAACUUGAGAAAAACUUAGUUAGCAGUAAUAUGCAGAUCAAAGGGUAUUUAGCCGAAUUAAAUGAUGCGGAAGAGGAAAUGACAAACCUGCAUGAUAGAAUAAAGUCCUUGAAAAAUAUGCUGAUAGAGAAAUCAAAUGAUAUGACUAAGUUACAAGCAGAUUAUGAAGUAUUAAAGAAUGAUAAUUCUAUAUUGAAAAUGGAAAAUAAUGCAUUUGAAAAUAAAUCAAAAGAAGAUGUGUGCCUAUUGAAAAAUGUGUUAAAAGAAAUUCAGAUGCAAUUACGCUGUACUGAAGUAAAUUAUCACAGAGCCACAGAAGAUUAUCAUAAAGCGCAAGGACAAUUGUUGAAAAUGACAAAACGUGAAGCAGACUUACAAAAAUAUAUAACAAACAUGGAAAAGGAGUAUUGUUCGAAAAUAUCGAGUAUAGAAAAUGAAAAAGCUAAUCUGACAGACUGUUUAGAUAAAGUCAAUGAAGAAUUAGAAAAUAUUCAGGGAAAUUAUAUAUCCAAGAACGGCGAUCAUUGUAAACUACAAGAUAUUUGUAAAUCCUAUGCAGAACAACUAGAAAUUUUACAACAACAAGUUGAAACAGAACGAGAAAAAGUUAAGAAAAUAGAAGAAUCAAACUGCUGUAUGAUGUUACAAUUGAAAGAAUGCACGGAACAAAAUUGCCUUCUUAUUAAGGAAAAGACUAUGGUGGAACAAACUAAUUGUGAAAUUAUAUCUGAAUUACAAGAUACUCAUAAAUCUUUAUUAGAACUGAGAAAGGAAUGCCAACUGAAGAAUAAGUCUCUCGCUUGUAUAUCAGCUGAAUUAACAGAAACUGCCAUAAGCAGAUCAGAGCUUUGCAAUCAAUCCCAAUACAUUGUUUCCUGUAUUCGUAUUUGGAUGAUGGAACAACGAGACUAUGUAAAUAAACUUAGUGCCAAAUUGAAACAUCAGCAACAACAAUUAAGAGAACUUGAAUUUGCAAAAAAAUCUCUCUUAGAAGAAACAAGGAAGUUGAAACGUUCUAAUCAUUUACUAACUCAAAGAUUGAAAAGGGGAUACCGAUGUAGCGGAAAGAAUGUUGGAAAUGUUUGCGCAGGAUGCCAUGUAUUACCAUCGAUUGCCGUACAAAAUUCUGUCACAUCAAUUUCUACAAAUUCAAAACAUUUAUCCGCACAAAAAAAAUCGAAUCUUACAAAAGCAACACGACGCAUAUCAACAUGUGGUAACACUUGGUGGUUUCCUAAAAUGAAAUACUUGACAAAUGAGCUUCGCAAAAGGAAUUUGGAAUAUCAAGAUAAUUUCUGUAGCAGAAGAAAUAUUGAUUCAGUUUUAGAAGAAAGUCGUGAUUGUGGUUACCAGUCUUCAGCCAGCAAAUGAUAACAUUGCAUAACGUUUUUGUCUCACAAUGAAUAUAAUCAUCUUUAUAUUAUUACCAAGUGUUCAUGCUCUACUGUUAUACUUUCUGUAUUUCCUUUAUACUUUUAAUCAUAUGGAUAAAUCUUAAAGCCCAUAAUUUUUUUUUAUUAAUUUUUCUACAUUAAAUCGAAUGGAUUAUUUAAGUUUAUAGUAAAGCGAUAAAUUUCAUGACACAAGAUAUGUAGUAAUACAAGAUUUUCUAAAAAUAUUUUAUGGAAUAUUCUGAACAGCAACUUGCAUUCCGCCAUGGAUAAUAUUUCUAUACUGUUUGGAGGAUUCUAAAAUGAAACAUCAACACGUAUAUAGAAUAAUAUCGCUAUCAAUAAACAUAAUCUUCUAAAAACUCAAUAUUAGAAAAUUGAAUAUUAUAAAAAUACGAACUAGCACAGUAUGCAACAAAAUACUUUCAUAAAAAAACUGAAGAAUUUCUUCAGCUGACCACCAUGGAUUAGAAGAGAAAAAUAAGAAUGUUAAAAAGGUAACUUCCAAAACUACGGAGGUGCCUUUCUCUGUGAAAGAAUGAAAUCUAAAAUACAAAUAAUAUAUAUUCAUUUCGAUAUCUAUUGAGCAAAUAGAAUUAAUUAUGUAUUCAUAUGCUGACAAACUCAUACCUUACAAAUUUAAAAAAUUCCCACAAUAAUUUAACAAGAAUGUUACUGCAUUUUUCUUUAUACUUACUCAAAAAUAUUUUUUCUGUAAACGAUCAUCAAUUUCUUUUACAAUUUGAUUAAUACUUAUAGAAAAUUAGAUCAUAUUUGGAGUAAUUUACCAAAGACAAUUAUUUCUUCUUCCUUCUGGCAUUUCUUUAAGCAAAUCAUGUCUUCCAUUGUAAAAUAUUUCCAAACACAAAGUUUUGAAAUCGGCGGAUCAAUAUAUCGAGCACAAACAGGACUUUUCUGAUAAAUCCAUGGUCCACACAAAUCAUCAUAAUCUAAAUUUGAUUCAAUAGAAUUUACUGAACGAAUUUUUCGAGAGAUUGACAUUCGAAUAGUCGGUAUUACACGUUCCGAUAAAUUUAACGAUUUAGUAUUAAUUAUUAAUUUUGAAUAAUUAUUUUGGUCUUCUGCUAUAUCAUCAUCUUUUGUCAUCAAUUUAUCCGACAUUAUUGGAAAUCAAUAUUUUUUAAUGUAAACAUAAAUAAUUACUAUAAAUAAUGGAAUGAACAUUACGUAUGGACAUGAAGACAGUAGACUUUCACAUUCGAAUUUGCGACGAAACUCUAAUAAAUUAAUGCCAACACUAUCAAAUUUUAUAAAAUACCAUGCAUUGGCAAGACUGGGUUUUUUUAGCUUUGAAAACAUGCGAAAUAAUUGAAAAACACUUUUUUACGAAAUUGCUAAGAACUGUAAUACUAAUUAAUUUUUCUUGUAUUUAAAUAAUAACAGACUUAUUUGCGAAGCAAUAAUAAUAAUAAUUUUAGAUAGAAGUAAACGACGCAUGUGAUAAGGCCGAUAAUAAUAUUCACAAGUUUAUUCUUCUUCUUGUGUAUCAUUUAUAAUUUAUCAUGAAUUAUUGAAUAAAAUUAAUAUACAAUAUAUUUCGGAGCAAAAAU